CCUGGGCGCAGGCGCAGUGGCAACGGCAGCGCUGGCGGCGUUAGCGUUAACAACUGCCGGGCCAGGAUGGCGUCCAGCUUCAAGAAGCCGAACUCGGCUCCCGCCAGCCAGAGGAAGAAGUCGGGUCCGAAGCCCGAACUCACUGAAGAUCAGAAGCAAGAAGUUCGAGAGGCGUUUGACCUCUUCGAUGCCGAUGGAAGUGGCACCAUCGACGUGAAGGAGCUGAAGGUGGCCAUGAGGGCGCUGGGCUUCGAACCCAGGAAGGAAGAGAUCAAGAAAAUGAUCUCGGAGGUGGACAAGGAGGGCACGGGGAAGAUCAGCUUCAACGACUUCCUGGCUGUGAUGACUCAGAAGAUGGCCGAGAAGGACACCAAAGAAGAAAUCCUGAAGGCUUUCCGGCUCUUUGAUGACGACGAGACGGGGAAGAUCUCUUUCAAAAACCUCAAGCGCGUGGCCAACGAGCUGGGCGAGAACCUCACGGAUGAGGAGCUGCAGGAAAUGAUCGACGAGGCUGAUCGGGACGGGGACGGCGAGGUGAACGAGGAGGAGUUUCUGAAGAUCAUGAAAAAGACCAGCCUCUAUUAAAGUCGCUGGCACGGGACGCCAUUCGCCCGAGUUUUGUGAGACUGUCACUUUGAGGGCAGUGGCUGUCUCUAGCUCUUCUUUUUCCUCCUAAUUUGUCUUGAUCAAUUUCCAAACCUCUAGCUCAAUUACAGACUUUGAAAGAUG